CAACUCAUUCCAAAUCAUUCAUUAACACAUAUUUCACACAAAACACACACUAGCUAGCUAGCUAGCUAGCCAAAUACUACUUGCCAUGGCUAUAACUUUCAGUAAUGAAGCUCCGUUUAACUUCAUUACUUCCUUGUUUUUCUGUGUUUUAGUGUUCGGUUCUUGUCGUGUUUGGUGUGCAUCAGUUCCGGGUAUCUACAUAUUCGGAGACUCGUUAGUCGACGUUGGAAAUAAUAACUACUUGACUUUGUCCCUUGCCAAAGCGGAUUUUCCUCAUAACGGUGUGGAUUUUCCCACAGGAAAAGCCACUGGCCGGUUUAGUAAUGGAAAGAACGCGGUUGAUUUUCUAGCUGAUAAGGUCGGACUACCAUCGCCGCCGCCAUAUCUUUCACUUGUAUCACACGCGAAAAAGUUGAGCAGCACCAAUGUAACGCUUACCGGGGUCAAUUUUGCAUCAGGAGGUGCCGGUAUCUUUAAUGGAACAGAUGAACUAUUUAAGCAAUCAAUUCCUUUGACAAAGCAAGUGAGCUACUACUCUCUAGUCCAUGACCAACUGGUUCAAGAUUUGGGCUCAGUUGGUGCCCAAGCCCAUUUAUCCAAGUCCUUAUUUACAAUUGUUAUUGGAAGCAAUGAUCUCUUUGGCUACUUCAACAAAGACUCUAAAGUCUCUAAGCAAUACACUCCACAACAAUAUGUUGAUCUCAUGGUCUCCACCCUUAAAGGACUUAUGAAGAGAAUGUAUGAAAUGGGAGCGCGCAAAUUUGUUAUAAGUGGAGUUGGAGUGAUUGGAUGUUGUCCGGCGCAAAGGAAGCAAAAUACUACUAGUGACUGCAAGGUAGAAGCGAAUUAUUGGUCGACAAAGUACAAUGAAGGUCUAAAGGCUUUGUUGAAGGAAUUGAAAUCAGAAUCAUCGGAUAUCCAUUACUCUUAUUUUGAUACCUAUGACGUUAUGAAUGGUCUCAUCCAACAUCCUGAAACUUACGGAAUAACGGAGAUAAAAGAAGCUUGUUGCGGGCUAGGCAACUUAAAAGCUGACAUCCCUUGCAUCCCAAUUUCGACAUACUGCUCCAACCGGAAAAACCAUCUAUUUUGGGAUCUCUACCAUCCUACAGAAAGCACAUCUCAUAUUUUUGCAGGCUUUAUUUGGAGUGGAUCACAACAAUAUUCGACUCCAAUGAAUGUUGAACAACUUGUUAAAGUCUAGAACACAAACAUUAAACAGAUAUACAUACACGGUCACGAAACAUAUUUAUACAUUCAUUUUGUGUUUUAGCCAACAGACUAUGAAGAAGUAGUCUUCUUAAGUAUAUAUGCAUAUGUGUUGAAUUAAAUAGCUUUUUGUUAAAAUCUUAUCGUUGCUUUCAAUGAUAUGAUACAUUCAUACUUAAUUUCCAGGGUUGGGUUUGUAUUUAAAGCUGUCGUAUCAAUGAAAUGAUAUAUAUAUGAUUUAGAUUUACGAGUA